ACUUAUUACAAUGAUGUACAUAUAGAGUGAGUGUAGUAUAAAUAAACAUUGAAUCCACCAACUCUCACUCUAAAUUCUUUCUCCGAAAACAACUGCCGCAACAUUACAGUUUGAGGUUUAAGCAUUGAUCCUUCCGCUCUUUCACUCAACCACCAGAUCCAGAUCAAAUGUCAACUAUGGCUCUUCUGCGUUUUACACCUUCAUCUGGUCAAAGCCGUGCACUUUCAUUUCCAUCACCAUUAUCACCACCUGCACAGUUACAUAACCGUACUUCUAUAUAUCUCACCAACCCAUCACCCCAUUUGCCUCAAAGAUUGAAACUUUCUUUUGCCGGAGGUGAUGGGGUUGGAAGUGGUGGUAGUGGUAGGAGUGGUGGAGGUGGUGGUGGUGGGAGUGAAAAUUGGGGUGGUGCUAAUAAUGAUAAUGAUGAUGGAAAAUCAAAAGAUUCGUCUUUUGGGAUUUUGGGUUUGUUUCUGAAUGGAUGGAGAUCAAGAGUUGCUGCUGAUCCGCAAUUUCCUUUCAAGGUUUUGAUGGAAGAGUUGGUUGGUGUUACUGCUUGUGUUUUAGGUGAUAUGGCUUCAAGGCCUAAUUUUGGUUUGAAUGAACUUGACUUUGUGUUUUCGACUCUUGUUGUUGGUGCUAUUCUCAAUUUCACACUUAUGUAUCUAUUGGCACCAACAUUAGGAGCUUCUUCUGCCAGUGUGCCUGCAAUCUUUGCAUCUUGUCCUAAGAGUCACAUGUUUGAGCCUGGUGCUUUUAGUUUAUUGGAUAGGUUAGGUACUCUGGUGUAUAAAGGUACCAUUUUUGCUGCUGUUGGGUUUGGUGCUGGUCUUGCUGGUACAGCACUUUCAAAUGGGUUGAUUAAGAUGAGGAAGAAAAUGGAUCCAAACUUUGAGACACCAAACAAAGCUCCACCAACUUUACUCAAUUCUCUCACUUGGGCUGCUCAUAUGGGUUUCAGCAGUAAUCUUAGGUACCAAACACUAAACGGUGCUGAGUUUGUGUUGGAGAAAGCACUUAAUCCUUUAGCAUUCAAGUCCUCAGUGUUGGUGCUUAGGGUUGUGAACAAUGUUCUUGGAGGAAUGUCUUUUGUGGUUUUGGCAAGGUUGACAGGGGCACAGAGUUCUGGUGAGAAGCCAUCACAAUUGGAGGAUGGAUUAGUUGAGAAGGUUGAAAGGGAAAGGGAGGAGGCUUUGGAGAAUAACAACCAAACAACACCAACAAAGUGAAUAGCAUCACUUAGUUUGUUUUUAUCUAUAGCUUUGACCAAGAUUGUUGGAUAGGUGAUUGUCUUUUAGUUUUUCUGGCAGCAACAAAUAAGAAUGAAGGGUAAUUUAGAUGGGAUAUUUGGUACAAAAUUUUGGCAGGUUUUGAUGGUAUGUUGCUGAAAAUACAACCUGAACAAUAAGGUGACAAAUUAGUAUGGCCAUGUAUUGGAUUUUGGACCCCCACCACCUACUCAUAUGAACAUGUUUUGGUUUUGGCUACUGUGUUGCUGUUUUUUUGUUUCUUUUCUAUCAGUAGGCUUUUCUUGUCCUUUUCUAGACCAUUAUUAUCUUUGUAUAAGUAUCACAUAUCUAGUUUGGAGUAUUGGUUAAAUAAAAUCAGGUGUAUGAUAUUGAUAUUAAAUUGUGCAACAUCAAUAAUUUGGUGUAUUUUCACUUUUAUUUCAUUUUUAUUAAGGAUA